AUGGAUUUUAAAAGCCUCAGCUCCCGUCUACAAUGGACCCCGUCCAACGGGUAUCCAACCUCCACAACUACAAUCAAGUCGAUCGCCACAGAUCAUGUUCUGGGGUUGACCCACACGCUUGCAGAGGCAGUGUCGAGCAUAGCUACGCAAACGUAUUUUCUUGACCAGCGUUCGCUUUCGCAGGUGAUCAGAGGGGCACAAGCUUCCUUGACGGCUAUCAGUGCUCAGCAAGUGUUGGCAACUGCCACAGACAACCUGGUGCUAGCGCAGGCGACAGAGGCGCUCUUCCAUGCGACGUGGAAUUUGAAGGAGUUGGAGGAUGAGGAGAACAACUAUGGCUACCACCUUAGCCGUGGGGGUAAUAUCUUUUUCCUUGUCAUAUUUUGCAUAAUCUUCGUUUACACCACGGUCAUGAUAGUGUGGUCCAGGUACCACUGGUAUAAUAUCACUUUCUUUUGCGGGUUUGUUCUUCAAGUGCUUGGUUUUUUGGGAAGAGUUCUAUCCUUCAGCGACACCGCCAACCUCGACUACUACUUGUUGCAGUUUGUCUCAUUGACGCUUUCGCCAGCGUUCAUCAUGGCAGGCAUCUACUUCUUAUUUGCACAAGCAGUUGUGUUAUACGGUAGAACAUAUUCCACUUUUUAUCUCAUCAUCCAAGGUGGUGGUGGUGGCGCUGCCUCCGUUGCAACAAAACAACAGAGAGACCCUGACCCAGGUACUUGGACCAUGUUUGGGGGUAUCUUAUUCCAGGUGAUUGCAAUGUCGGUGUUUUUGAUAUUUUGGUUUGAGUUUCUCCAUCGAUUGCAUUAUAAGCAUGCCUCUGAGAUCGAGGUGGACCACCCUUUGAAAAAAUGGACAAUCAUGAAUAAUUUGAGAAUGUUGUUUCACACUAGAUCGGCUCGUGAGUACAAGGAAACUUUCUUGGAGCCAUUUUACAACCCAAAGUUCAAAGAGAUUCGGUCACGCCCUUUAGUUCCAUAUUUGCCGUUAGCUAUCACAACUGCGGUGGUAUUCGUAUACAUCAGAUGUAUCUACAGAGUCGUGGAGUUGAAGCAAGGUUUUAGUGGCUAUCUCAUAACUCACGAGGCGUUCCUCAUGACUCUCGACGCUUCAAUGAUAGCUGUCACCGGCCUCAUAUUCAUUCCUUUCCAUCCAGUUCUUGUGUUUGGCAAGCACAACGUGCUUAGAUUAGCCACUAUCAGAAGAAAUCAGGACGAAAACCGUCUGCUUGAAGAGGAUGCGAACAAUGGUGAAAGUCUUGAGUCUGAACAGAAACUGUUUGAUCUUCAGAAUGGGCACAGUUAA